ACGAGAAAAUCCAUACACAAAAAGAUUUGUUGAGGCAUGUAAGCGGACACCUCUUCAAAGGGUCCUGAGCUCAGACAGAAGCAGGAAGUGAAGAUGACGGUUCAUAACUUGUACGUAUUUGACCGUAACGGAAGUUGUCUUUACUACAACGAGUGGAACCGGAAGAAGCAGGCGGGGAUCUCCAAGGACGAGGAGUUUAAGCUGAUGUAUGGGAUGCUGUUCUCCAUCCGAUCAUUCGUCAGUAAGAUGUCUCCUCUGGACAUGAAGGAGGGCUUCCUGUCCUUUCAGACCAGUAAAUAUCGUCUCCAUUACUACGAGACUCCCAGUGGUCUGAGGUUUGUGAUGAACACAGACCUGUCUGUCCCCAACGCCAGAGAGACGCUGCAGCACAUAUACAGUAAUCUGUACGUUGAGUACAUAGUGAAGAACCCGGUGUGUGUGUUGGGUCAGAGUUUGGACAGUGAACUCUUCAGCAGCCGUCUGGACGCCUACAUCAGAGCUCUGCCGUACUACAGCCCCCGAGCAGCCUAGUGUACACACAGACACACACACACACACACACACACACACACACACAGAUGUAUUGUAUUUAUUGUGAACACAAACACAUUUCUUUCAUUGUGAAUCUGUUUUUUUUUUUUUGUGAACGUGUUGAAUUAAAUGUUUUAAACACAAA